CGCCGCUAGCUGUCACUACCGUACAGCUGUUCGACGAGAAGUCUAACGUGAACGAAGUGUAAACAUAUUCGCCGAAAGCAUGGAAAACAAGUAAUCAAAACGAAAGCAAACCGUUGAAAUGAUUGGUGAAUUUGAAGAUGACACCCACUUCUGCCUAAAAUGCCACCUGACAAUAAUGGGGUUAGAAAACUACGUGGCACACAGAAAAGCGGGAUGUUCCAAGACAGUGGUGGAACCACCAAAGUCGCCUCUGCCCAGUCAACUUCUACCACCUGAUGAAUCAUUUAGCCUGAAAGCGGACGAUUUUUUCUCGUCAUUGGAAUUGCAAAGCAGCAGCAAAAAGGCACGAACCCCAUCGACUUCGGGAAAAACUUUUAGCAGGAUUUUGACCAGAAGUAAAACAAAUGCUGCCAUACAAGGAUCCAGUAAGGAUCCCGAUACAGGGCAAUCUAAAUCUGGAAAGAACGUGUGGAUUGGAGGACAAGAAUUAAAGUUAGGCUACGGCGAUAAUCAGUCUAAGCUUAUUAAAGCUGUAGCGAAUUUGGAACGACGUAAAGAGGACACUCUGAAACUCGAUGAAAGUAUUUACGAUGAAAGCGGGGAAGAUUCGGAGGAAUUUGAUUUUGAAGAUGACGAAUCUUCCGAUGAAGACCAAGAACAUCCUCCAAGACAUCAUACGGGUGGGAAGUGGAAACCAUCUUCGCCUGUAGAGUGGAGUACUCCUACUCCAAGCUUUACUGGCGGCAAAUGGAAGCCUGUCAAACGUUUACCUUCACCACCACCAAGUCAUACAAAAGGCAAAUGGAAACCGGAUGGUGAAGAUGUACCCCCUCCUACCCAUACCAAGGGAAAAUGGAAGCCCGAUGAUGAUGCGCCACCACCCACCUUCACGGGAAGCAAGUGGGUACCUUCGAAGAAACAAGAUUAUAAUGUUCCACCCCAAAAUCACACUAAAGGCAAAUGGAAACCUAAGUUUGAUGAAGAAAGUCCACCACAAACGGGAGGUAAAACUAAAUGGCGACCUAAAACUUUCGAUGAUGUAUCACCAACAAGAAAAAAUACAGAAGAAAAAUGUCCACCGCCAGAAUACACUAAAGGCAAAUGGAAACCUUCAAAUGAUUCACCGAAGGAAAAACCUAAAUUAAAAGAGAAGAAAACUGAAGAAAACCAACCAUCUAUUUCAGAAGAAGCAAAGAAACCCGAUUUAAAACUCAUCGAUAACUCGAUGUUUCGUAAAUCCAACGGGACAAUUCAAUAUUGGUGCAAUCCAUGCAAUAGAAGAUUAGCUUCAAAAGUAGUGUACGAAAGACAUUUAAAAUCAGAGCUCCAUUAUAAACGUACUCUUCGAGAUAGAGACUUUGAUGACGCAGGUAGUUUUAUAAUUCCAAAAGAUAAACGAAAGACAAAGAAGUCAACAAAUAUGGCAGAGACAACCAAAAAACGUAUUAGGAAGAAAAUUUUCGAGAAGUGCGCUGUAUGCAACUCUAAAGUUAAUAGAAACAUGAUUGGCAAACAUAUGAUAUCGCACUAUCAUUGUAGAAAAGGCGAUAUAACUUCGGAAGAAUCAAAGAAGAUGAUUCUGGAUUAUACCUACGAGUUUGUUUUGGAAUGCCCAUUUCAGUGCAGCAUCUGUAAAUUUUAUUGCAAUACACAGAACAAUUUUUUGAAUCACUGGCUUUCAGACCAGCAUACCCAGCGCGAUUUAGAAGUAACUGGUUACUAUUUUUGCUCCUAUUGUAAUUGCAAAUGUAAGGAUUUAAAGCAAAUGUACGAGCAUUUGCUAUCAGGGGAGCACAAAGAAGUAGUGUCAGUUAUAAACAGAUCGGUUCCUAUAGUUAUUAAGAAGAUAAGUCCUAUUCAGUGCGAGACUUGCAGACAAUCAUUUAUGUAUAACAUUCAGUUAAUACAACAUUGCAAAAAUUACAACCAUCAAUCUGAUACUGCAAAGAAACUUAAAAAUGAAUAUAUAUGCUGUAAUUUGUCUUUUUCCAAGAUGGUUGCUUUGUAUAGGCAUAAGAAAAGAGUACAUAAGCAAGAAAUAUUCAUCUGCAAGAUUUGCAACUUGAAAUUUGACAGUAAAAAGGAAGCUAUGAGCCACAGAGUAUCUUCACAGCAUAAGUAUGCGAAGAGAAAGGGAGAUGUAAGCUUACAGAGAAAAUGCAAACAAUGUAAGGCAGACUUUGAAAAUGUAUUAAAAUUAAAGGAACAUAUUAAUGAAGUUCAUCCGGAAAGCAAAGUCAAGUGUCCAAGUUGUGGGGAAUCCUUUACACUACCGCAGGAUCUAACAACACAUCUGAGAACACUUUCCUGCAAAUUCGAUUACAGUAAACGUCCUUUGGAUGCAUUAUCCUGCGAUAAAUGCUUGUACAUUACAACGUCAAAGGCGGAAAUGAUUUACCACAAAGUUAACCAUGAAGAUCCCAUAAUAACAGAAAGUAAUACAUGCAAAAAAGCUGUGGUACAGUACCAUUGCCCAUUGUGUAAACGAUUAUUUCCGAAGUCUUCUCUACUGGGUCAUAUAAGGAAACAUACGUCAGAAAGACCGUUCAGUUGUAAUAUUUGCGGAUCGUCGUUUUUGAGAAGAAAUAAUCUGAAUGCCCACAAGAAACUCCACGAGAAGAAGGAUGUGUUUGUUGAUGAGAAAAAUAUCAAGGGCAAGAAGAAGAAGGGUAUAGAAGGGGAGAGACCUUUCCUAUGCUCAACUUGUGGCGCCAGUUUUAAAAAGAAGUUUACAUUGCAACAACACAUGUCGGUGCACACAGGAAAAUCUUUUAAAUGCGCUUUUCCAGAUUGCGUGUACACUGCCAGAAAAAUGAGCGAAAUCAGGCAACAUUUCGUAGUUCAUUCUGAAAAUAAAGAAUUUUCCUGCAACCAGUGCGACUACAAAGGAAAGACGAAACUACAUCUAAAUAGGCAUAUGGUUAUCCAUUCCGGCGAAAAGAAGUUCCAAUGUCCUCAUUGCAAAUUUGCUACAAGAAUGUCUACUCACUUACAAAGGCAUCUGAGGACCCAUUCGGGAGCCAAACCAUUUAGUUGUCCACAUUGUAAAUAUAAAUGCAACUCAUUGGACAACCUCCGCAAGCACGUACUGUCAACAAACAAACAUCCGGGCAAAUGCAUUUACGAAUGCAAGUUUUGCAACGGCGAUCGUUUUCACAGCAACUUUGCCAAGGAAUUUAAGGUCCAUUUGGUAUCGCAGCAUCCAGCGUUGUUCGGCGGCGGGACGCGGGCCGCCUCCUACGUAGCGGGAAUCUACGACCUGGAGGGGGACUCGAAUGUGCUAAACGACGCGGCCGUCAUCAACGUGGAUGAUCCAGACGAAAGCGAUAAAUUGAUAACGGACCCAAUAGUUCCUCAAUUAUACAAUACGACACCAAGUCAAAUCACGUUCACCAGCAAAAAGGAUUUCGAUGAGAUAAUGCCACUGUACGUCAUUCCAAAGGACGAAGUAGUUUUGGUGGAUAACCAGCCCGAUACGUGGAACCUAAUUGGAAGGUAUGACGUCGAGGAAGAAUCAGGAAAUUUGGUGCCCUUCCAAAACGACCAAGAAGUCCUUUUUGAGGAUCACUUUUAA